CAGAGCAGCUGUUCAUUUCUUCGCUGCAGAAACCAACUGGAAACUUAUUUCUUCAACAGGAGCAGAACAUGUCCCGAGCAUUUUCACAUGUUGAGACGGAUUAACUUUUACCUAAAGAUGUUUUACGCACUUGUAUCGACGUGUUUUGUUAAGUUUGGCAGAUAGGGAGAAUAACACACGUUCUUCUCAGGGGUUUCCUCGACAAUUUAACCCAUUGCACCGCCUUCUCCCCCCCCGAAGCCAGCACUCCAUCAAUGGUAUGAGCGCGGAGGAGCGUGACCGGCUGCGCGCCCUCUUUCGCGCCUACGACGUGGACAACUCGGGCCGCAUCGAGAGGAACGAGUUCCUCACCAUCUGCGCGGAGCUGCAGGUGUCCGCCGCCGAGGCCGACCGCAUCUUCGACAAGCUCGACGUGGACAACGACGGCACCGUCACCCUGCAGGAGUUCAUCAGCGGCUUCCACGAGCGCUACGGGGAAGACAUGGAGUCGGACGAAGGGGACGUGUCCGCCGCCUGGGAGCACUUCGAGGAGCGGCUGGGAGAGCAAGCCAGGUUCAUCCCCAGGCAUGAACAGGCAGCGACGUUGUACCAGAACAUCAGCCUGACAGAGCCAAGAAUGAUUCCUCAGUUCGAGACCGUCAUCCUGAACUUCACCAAAGAGAUCAAACAGCAAAACUCAGAGAUGGAGAACCUGGCCCUCGCCAUCAAACGCGCGCAGGACCAGGCUUCGAUGCAGCUCAGUGAGAUGGAGGAGGAGAUGGAGCAACGCAUUCAGGCUGCGGAGAGAAAAACACGGGAGCAGGAGAAGAAGCGAGCAGAGAACGAACUGAACGAGUUACGGAGAGAUUUCGAGACUGAAGUGUGUGAGCUGCAGUGUAAGAUCCAGAGGAUGCAGAUGAUCGAAGAUAAGUACAAGAUCAUCACUGUGAAAGACGAGAGUCCAGCUUUGAAGAAGAAGAUCAGUGACCUGACACUGGAGAACCAGCGUUUGAAGCAGGACCUGAUGAAAUCUCAGACCAAAGUGGCCUGUCUACACAGUGAGAUGGACACGCUGAAGACAGAGUUAACCGAUCAAAGCAUCAACUCUGAGCGAGACGAAGAGCUCAUGAAACAUUUCGCAGAUGAGCGCGACGCCCUGGAGAAUCAGAUCGAUAUUCUGCAGACAGCCAACAGGAAGCUGCAUGACAGUAACGAUGGCCUGAGAACAGCUCUGGAGAGGACAUCAAGGUCUGGUAACUGUGCAGAAAUUAAGGAGAGAAGCAGAAGUAAAAGCAUCUGCUACACAUCCCCAUAUGCAUUAAGGGAAAGGUUCGGUCAGCGUAUGGACGAAUACCCUCUGUUCGAACGGCGGCCCAGCUGUGACACGCUGGCCCUGGCCAUGUGCGACCCAGGCCUGAAGCGCAGGGACAGCAGUGAGUGCGAGGAGGACAGCCUGCCCGAGGUCUACACGGACAGCGGCCUGUCGACGCUCAGAGGCUCACACGGAGGCUACGACUCUGAGCAGGAGGUCAAAGGUCAAGAGGAGGAGGAGGAGGAGGAGGAGAGAGAAGAGAAGAAGGUGGAGGACGACAACAAUGACAGCAUGAUGGGAGAAACGUCUGACGCUGAGCCUGCAGACACACAAGACAGUGAAUCAGCAAUCGGGUCGGACAGCAGCUCAGUGUUGGACUGGAAGCUCCCUGAGACUUUUACCCCGGCACCGUCAACAAGGAAAGCCCUCACCGCCAUCAGUGUUAAGAAGGACCUGGGCAGCGUUGACCAGGGCUACAGGACCUCAGACAAAGCCUUCAGGAUCGUGUUGGCCGGAGAUGCGGCCGUGGGAAAGUCCAGUUUCCUGCUGCGACUCUGCAAGAACGAAUUCAAACUUAACUCCAGCGCAACUCUGGGAGUGGAUUUUCAGAUCAAGACACUAGUUGUAGAUGGAGAGCCUGUUUUACUACAACUAUGGGACACUGCAGGACAGGAAAGGUUUCGCAGUAUUGCAAAGUCUUAUUUCCGGCGGGCGGACGGCGUAUUGCUGCUAUACGACAUCUCCUGUGAAAAGAGCUUCCUGAAUGUGAGAGAGUGGGUGGACAUGAUCGAGCAGGACGUGAGUCUGGAGGACAUUCCCAUCAUGCUCGUGGGUAAUAAGUGUGAUCUCAGAGAAUUUGAAGUUAACUGUGUUCCCACCAGCUAUGGAGAAAAACUGGCCAUGACAUACAACACCCUGUUUUGUGAAACUAGCGCCAAAGAGGGCUCCAACAUCCUGGAGGCCGUUCUGCAUCUGGCCAGGCAGGUAAAAGAACAGUCGACCUUAAAUCGAAAGAGUCAUUAUCAGUCGCUGCCCAGCCUGGAUGCUCCCCGUAAGAAACCAAACUUCUCCUGUUGCACCUGAUUCAUUUCUGGACCUGCACGUCUGACUUAAUGUGAACUCGAGAAGGAAAACAAAUGCAGAAACCUGACAAAGCCGAAAUGAGACUUGAUCUCUGCAACAGGAACAAAUCAUCACCCUCAGUAACCACAACUACUUUAUGUUAUAAUGGAUCCAUUGAGCAAAUUGGAUCACAGCAGAAAAGCCACAACUUCACAUUCAUUUUAGAUGUUUGUUUUUGUUAUUCAGGGUUAUGUAAAAUAAGUUUUGUUUCGGGCACAGCAUGAACCUAACUGUUCAAUAUUUUACCAUGUAAUGUUUGUUCUUUAUUAUGCUAUCACACUUAUUCGCACAAUUUCGUUCCUCCUGUGUGAUAUGGUUUGUACAAUCAGCUCUGCCUGGUUCUGGCACGUUGUUAAAAGAAUGUGUGCAGAUCAUGAGAAGAGAAAGACGGCUGUGUAAGUGAAAUCCUGUGUCCCUCCUGUAGCUGAUUUCCUGUGGGGGCACUGGUUUCCCUCCUACAGGGUGAAGACAUGUAGGUUAGAUGAUCUUGCGACUUUAAAACGAAUGUGAAUGUUGGAUGUUUGGCCCUGUGAUGGACUGGUGCCUGGUCCGGGUGGAGCUGCCUCCAUCAUUGUGUGCUGGUCUGAAGUGACAUCUACAAAAUGUUGUUUGCCUCAAAUGAAACGGAUGUUUGUAGAUUGCACCUACUAGAUAUUACUGCAAGUGAACUGUAUUGACUGUCGACACGGAGACACAGAGAAGUGUGUAAGGAACUUAAAGCAACACUAUGCCACUUUACAAUAGCAUCUUUAAAACCUGUCACACUGACAAAUUUGUAACAUGGAGAAUGGUGCCACUCACUUUAGACUUGGAGAACUUUGAAGAACCAGCGUUUAAUUCAAGUAUUCACAGAAAAAACUUAAAAUACUGAAUUCUAAACAGAGUUUGGCGUAUUUGCUAUAGCAGCUGUUUCUCUGAUUCAGGAAGCUUGGGAUAAUGAGGAAUUUUCAACAUUCAAUUAUAUUUCAGUUUAAUUCAAUCACAUCAAGUUUUAUCUCUAAAGCCUAUAUUCACAAAUCAUAAUUAGCCUCAUAGGGUUUGAUAAAAGCGUGUGACGCCCUCUGCCCUUGAACCCUCCACUAGAGUGAGGAAUAGCUACCAAAAAAACUAAGACACCACAGGGGGAGUCACAUGUGAGGGAUCCCUCUCCCGGGACGGACAGAAGUGCAAUAGAUGUCAUAUGUCAUUUCAAUAUUUACAAUGUUCUUGAGAAAUGACAGUGUCCAACAUAGAUAGAAACGUGUAUCAAUGUUUAAAGCUUUUAUGUCUGAAAGGUAAAAACAUCCACUGAACAGGCCUUUUUUAAUGUGACUUCAUCUUCAUCAUCACCAUCAUGUGUGGCUGCGGAGGGCACUGGUUACAUAAAAGUUACAUGGUGUUGCUUGAAAGAAAUACAUGCUCUAUACUGUAUUAGAUGACAGUGUGUGGUCGUAUGAGACUUCAUGCUAAUGUUUUCCGAGACUUCAUUUUUAUUAUAUUACCCACAGUGUUAUAUUUCCUUUCAUUUGACCUCCUGCUGAGGAUGAUGCUGUGUUACAGAUUUUAUUUUUUUGAAGCUGAACAUAUCGCACAUCAUUCUCACUUUGCAUGAAUGCUAAAAAGAACUGCUGUCAUUUGAUCAUUUAAUCGUCUGGUAUGAAUUAUAAGUUAAUAGGUAAGUGUAAAUGAAAGGUGGCAGACUCUGAUCCACUAGAUGUCUGUAAUUUUGUUUAAAUGUGUGCACAUGAGCUCAGUAAACUACUAAGCUCAUGUAGUUUAGAAAACUACUAAGCUCAUGCUCUUGAUUUUUGUCCUGGAUAAUAAAAAUAAUUCCGCAUUAUCA